AUGUCUCUCCGAUCAGUCAUCUUGGCAACCGCUACCCUUUGCGCAUAUGUCGCAGAUGCCCACGUCCUCAUGAAGGCACCCGUUCCUUACAGCGUGGACAAGCUCGACAACAGCCCUAUCACUAAGGCGCAGUACCCCUGCAAAUCUCAGAAUGGCUUCACAGUCUCCACAAUGAACACCAUGGCAGUAGGAGAGAAGCAGACACUCACUCUGUCCGGAAGCGCAGUACACGGAGGUGGUUCUUGCCAAUUGAGCGUCACGCUGGACACUGAGCCUACUGCCAGUUCUGUCUUCAAGGUCAUCAAGUCAAUGGAGGGUGGAUGCCCCGGUGUUAGCGGCGAGGCUGAGGCUUACGACUUCACCCUCCCCGACAGCAUUCCCAACGGUAAGGCUACAUUUGCCUGGACCUGGUUUUCAAAGCUCUCUGGUGCCCCUGAGCUCUACAUGAACUGCGCACCUAUCGAGGUUACUGGAGGUGCCAGCGACGACUCCGAGUUCCAGAAGCUACCCAACAUGCUCGUUGCCAACAUUGACGACACCUGCAAGUCCGUUCCCAACUUCGCCGUUCAAUUCCCCGACCCUGGAUCUGUUGUCACAAACGGUGGUACCAACGAUCUGAAGGCUCCCACAGGUACUGGUUGCGGCGCCACUGGCACCACACCUGCUGACUCUUCGUCCCCUACUGGUUCUGGUGCUCCCGCUUCUUCUGCUGCUGCCGCCACAACUCCUGCUGCCGGUACCGGUGCCUCAGGCGCUACACCCACCACCGCUCCCGCAGCUGGUGGCGACGGUACUUGCACCACCGACGGCGCUAUCGUCUGCAACGGCACCACCCAGUUUGGUCUUUGCAACCAGGGCAAGGUCGUCUGGCAGGCCGUCGCCGCUGGAACCACGUGCUCUAACGGCACCAUUCAGAAGCGCGGGUACAACGGCCGUGUUGUUCGC